AUGUGGCACGAGUCCAUCGGCAUCGUCGAGGAAGUUGGGCUUGAAGUCAUGAACUUGAAUGCAGGAGACUCUGUGAUCAUUUUGCCGGUCAUUGCGUGUGGAGACUGCGUCUACCGCAAGCGCAAAGAGUUUUCUCUCUACGACCGGACCCACCCGUCUAAAGAGUUGGAGCAGAUGUAUGGGCAUCGCUUAUCGGGAAUCUUUGGCUAUUUCAUGAUCACUGGUGGAUAUCCUGGCGAUCAGGCUGAAUACUGUCGCGUCCCAAAUGCAGAUCUUACGUGUGUCAAGCCUCCGAAGAAUGUAGACGCUAAGAAACUGUUUGGUCUUGCGGAUGUCACACCUACUGCAUGGCAAGGCCGCGAGCUGGCAGAAGUGGGAGAAGGCGACGUCAGGGGCGUCUGUGCCUGUGGUGCAGUCGGCCUCUCAAUCCAAUCUUUAGCCAAGCUCCGUGGAGCCCACAAGGUCUACGCAGACGACAAAGCCGCGAACCGACUCGAAAUCGCCAAGUCAUUUAGCAUGAUACCCGUCAAUGUUGAACGAGCACCCUGA